GAAAUACAACAAAGCAAAGCACCUCUAGCUUUACAGAAUCCCAGCCGGCUGUUCGAAAAUCAGUCGAUAUAACUGUGACUCAGAGCCAGAACCACCCAUCGAGCUCCACCAACUCCAGUCCACAGUCGAACGCAGCGGAGUCCAUCCAGAAAUGACAGACCCACGCCUCCGCCAGCUGGUGAUCAAGUCCGGAGUGGUCAGGCGGCUGACCAGGGAGAAGUUCUGCUACGCCAAGGAGGUGCGGACCGAGCAGACCAGGCUGGAGAAGUUCAAGGGCGAGGGAGCCGACGACCAUGUCCUGCGAAAGCAGGAGGAGGUCAUCCAGGAGUGCGUCAUGAUGGUGCCCGACUCGAAGAGGAGGCUGCAGAAGGAGCUCGAGAUUCUGGAGAAGUACCUCGCCGAUGAGCAGGACCUCAAGGAGACGGAGGAGUACUCCAAGGCCGCCGAGAUCGUCCAGGCAGCCAAAGCUGAACUGGAAAUCUAGGAUCAGCCCAUUCCCCACACUGCAUUUACCCCUUUUAUCAGCAUUACUGCUUAUUCCGUCAUUCCAUCCCAGGUCCAUCAUCAUCAAUUCCGAGCUGCAGAGCGGCCCGAAACCCUACGUAUUAAGCAACUUAAUACCCUUUUAUAUUGUUUUGAGCUGUAACAAAAUAAAUUAUAUUUUUUCUAAUAGCGCA